UUUGAGUCGCCACUAAAUAAGAAACGAGUAAAAACUGAAACUAAUAAAAACUGAACAGACAGAAAAAACACUGAUUAGAAAGAAAAGGCUGUAGGAGCACAGGGAUCACUGCACAGACAACGAGCUCAUUAUUAGGAACUUUAGUCACGUUUAAGUGAAAAUGCAUAAUUUGGAAGAGCAGAUUUAAGAGUGGAAAUCAGAAAAUAAUUAAUAUUAGCUCAGUAAAAACACAUUUAAAGCACAGCCAUAAUAAUAACGGAAGAUAGUGACGUCAUACGUGCAGCUGUAAUUCGUACAUUUUCCAGCAGAUGUCAGCAAAGCCAAACUUUUAACAUGUGGCUGCUUCACUGUGCCGAUAACACAAAGAUGAAUAGAAACAACAGAAAUGACACGAACGUGUCGUUUAUGGUUAACAGAGCGGGCGUCCACGCGCUCUGUGGACAGAUUACAGCACAGGCGUCGACGCCUUAUUUUCAAUCAUAACUAUAAUUAAUAUCAUUAAAUAAAAUGUUCAGACAUCCUUUAUCGUCAUCAUCACUUCAGCCUCGGGAGUGGACGUCCCAGCAAAUUAACUCAAAGAUCAAACCAGGAAAAAAAGCCCUGAGAGGCUCGUCUGACUCUACAGGCCUCAGUCAACAGGUUAAAGGUCAAAGUUCAUGACAGCACAAUGAGAAAAAGACUGACCCUGCAGGAGAAAGACUUUUCCUUUAAUAAGAACUCGGCAGUACGGCCUGGGUUUGCAAAGCUGCACCAGAACAACGUCCUUUGGACAGAUGAGACCCGAGCGGAGACGUUUGUCCGGAAGAUCAGUGUCGUCAACACCUGACCUGAUCCCUGCUGCCUUGUUGUACAAAUACUGUACAAAUACAGUUAUUAUUAUGAAUGACUGUAUCUCCACAUGCUGACGUCUUUUCGUGCAGACAGUGUUGGUUACUAUAACAUAAAAGUUGCUACAAUAUAAAAGUUGCAGGGAUGUUGGAGACGUGAUCUCGCUGAGUGAUGGUACUGCUGCAUAUGAUCUGCUUACUGCUUAGAAGAAAGCGGGAGGACAGUGUGUGUGUAUCCGGCUGUAAACAUGUUUGUUUCUGCUGUGAAGUUAUACCAUGGGAGCGCAUGGGGCGGACUCCCUGCUGCCCCCGCCGGUGCGCAGAGGAACCGCAGCUUUGUCCUGCUGAGAAUCAUUGGUCGGUGAAACUUCAGAAAGUUUCCUUCAUUGUUUCAGGAGCUCCGCUCAGAGAAGGACAGCCGGGCUGCGAGCUUCCAGCCUGCGUGUGUGUGUGCUGCCUGUCCUCCUCUCUGAGUGUGUGUGUCUCUGAGUGUGUGUGUGAGGGGGCAGCUGGUCGCUCGGCUCUGCUCGGUUAGAAAUGGCGCUGCGGGCUGCUCUGCUCUCCUCUCUGCUGCUGCUCUGCGCGGUUCGGCGGUUCGGCCUGUGCUGUCCGAGCCGCUGCCUGUGUUUCCGGACCACGGUGAGAUGUAUGCAUCUGAACCUGGAGACGGUGCCGGCGGUCUCUCCGCAGACCACCAUCCUAGACCUGAGGUUCAACAAAAUCAAGGAUUUACAGCCGGGUUCCUUCAGGCGACUAAAGAACCUCAACACCCUCCUUCUCAACAACAAUCACAUACGGAGGAUCCCCAGGGGGGCGUUCGAAGACCUGGAAAACCUCAAAUAUCUCUAUUUGUACAAGAAUGAAAUCCAAUCAAUUGACAGACAAGCAUUUAAGGGGCUUGUCUCUCUUGAGCAACUGUACCUGCACUUCAACAACAUCGAGUCUUUGGAACCAGAGUCCUUCACUCAUCUACCAAAGCUGGAGCGACUGUUUCUGCACAACAACAGGAUCACCCAGCUGGUGCCGGGAACCUUCUCUCAUCUUCAGGCCAUGAAGCGACUGCGACUGGAUUCCAACUCCUUAAACUGUGACUGCGAGCUGCUGUGGCUGGCCGACCUGCUGAAGCAGUACGCCGAGUCGGGCAACGCUCAGGCUGCCGCCACCUGCGACUAUCCGAGCCGCCUGCAGGGCAGAUCGGUGGCGACGCUCACCGCCGAGGAGCUCAACUGCGAGGUUCCCAGGAUCACGUCGGAGCCUCACGAUGUGGACGUUACAUCAGGAAACACCGUCUACUUCACCUGUAGAGCCGAAGGCAACCCUAAACCACAGAUUAUCUGGCUCAGGAACAACAACGCGCUAAACAUGCGCGACGACAGCCGUCUGAACCUGCUGGAGGACGGGACGCUGAUGAUCCAGAACACCAGGGAGACGGAUCAGGGAGUGUACCAGUGCAUGGCCAAAAAUGUGGCCGGAGAGGUCAAAACGUCCGAGGUCACGCUGCGGUACUUCGGAGCUCCGUCACGGCCCAGUUUUGUGAUCCAGCCCCAGAACACGGAGGUCCUGGUGGGAGAGAGCGUGACCCUGGAGUGCAGCGCCACGGGCCAGCCACAGCCCCGGGUGUCCUGGACGAAGGGUGACCGGACGCCCCUGCCCAACGACGCCCGCAUCACCAUCACCCCCUCCGGAGGGCUCUACAUCCAGAACGUGGAGCAGGCUGAUGGAGGACAGUACACGUGCUUCGCCUCCAAUAAUGUCGAUACCAUACACGCUACGGCGCACAUCAUCGUGCAAGCAAUCCCUCAGUUCACCGUCGCGCCGCAGGACCAGCUAGCCCUGGAAGGCCACACGGUGGAUUUCCCCUGCGAGGCGACCGGCUACCCUCAGCCGGUGAUCGCCUGGACUCGAGGGGGCAGCCCGUUACCCUCGGACCGCCGUCAUGUGAUCCUGCCCUCCGGCACGCUGCGCAUCACUCGGGUGGCGGCCCACGAUGAGGGCCAGUACGAGUGCCAGGCGGUCAGCCCCGUGGGCACCACACGGACCGCCGUGCAGCUCAGCAUCCAGCAGAGAGUGACGCCUGUUUUCACGAAUGCUCCGAGGGACCUGACGGUGGAGUCCGGGCAGGACGUGCAGAUUCCCUGCAGCGCUCAGGGCCAGCCGCAGCCGGUCCUCACCUGGAACAAGGAUGGUGUUCAGGUGACAGAAAGUGGAAAGUUCCACAUCAGCCCCGAGGGUUACCUGGAAGUGAAGGACGUGGGCACGGCUGACGCCGGACGCUACGAGUGUGUCGCACGCAACCCCAUCGGCUACCAAGUGGCUAGCAUGGUGCUAACCGUGACAGUGCCCGCCGUCAGCAGAGAGGGCGACACCUUCGUCAGCACGUCCAUAGAGCAGGCCAUCCGUAAUGUGGACAGCGCCAUCGAGUCGACGAGGAGGCGUCUCUUUGAUGGUCAGCCUCGCACCCCCGGGGAGUUGCUGGCUCUCUUCCGGUACCCGCGGGACCCCUACACCGUGGAGCAGGCGCGGGCCGGAGAGAUCUUCGAGCAGACGCUGCUGCUCAUCCAGAACCACGUCAACCGGGGUCUCAUGGUGGACACCAACGGCACCGCAUUUCGCUACAACGACCUGGUCUCCCCCCGCUUCCUGGACAUGAUCGCCAACCUGUCCGGCUGCACGGCCCACCGCCGCAUCAACAACUGCUCGGACAUCUGUUUCCACCAGAAGUACCGCAGCCACGACGGCACCUGCAACAACCUGCAGCACCCGAUGUGGGGCGCCUCGCUCACCGCCUUCGAGCGGCUGCUGAAGUCCGUCUACGAUAACGGUUUCAACCUUCCGCGAGGCGUCACCGACCGCGUCCAUAACGGCUACAAGCUGCCGCUGCCAAGGCUGGUGUCCACCACCAUGAUCGGAACGGAGACCAUCACCCCCGACGACCGCUACACGCACAUGCUGAUGCAGUGGGGUCAGUUCCUGGACCACGACCUGGACUCCACGGUGGUGGCUCUGAGCCAGUCCCGGUUCUCCGACGGCCAGCUGUGCGCUCAGGUGUGCACCAACGACCCGCCCUGCUUCCCCAUCCAGUUCCCGCCCAACGACCAGCGGCAGCUGCGGAGUGGCGCCCGCUGCAUGUUCUUCGUCCGGUCCAGCCCGGUGUGCGGCAGCGGGAUGACGUCUCUGCUGAUGAACAGCGUUUACCCGAGAGAGCAAAUCAACCAGCUGACCUCCUACAUCGACGCCUCCAACGUCUACGGCAGCUCGCGGCACGAAUCAGAGGAAGUCCGCGACUUGGCGAGCCAGAGGGGCCUCCUGCCAGGCAUCAUACAGCGGACGGGCAAGCCGCUCCUGCCGUUCGCCAGCGGGCCGCCCACCGAGUGCAUGAGGGACGAGAACGAGAGUCCCAUUCCGUGCUUCCUCGCCGGAGACCACCGAGCCAACGAGCAGCUGGGUUUGACCGCCAUGCACACCGUGUGGUUCAGGGAACACAACCGCAUCGCUACAGAGCUGCUGAGGCUGAACCCCCACUGGGACGGGGACACCAUCUACCACGAGGCCCGGAAGAUCGUCGGCGCCCAGAUGCAGCACAUCACCUACAACCACUGGCUGCCCAAGAUCUUAGGCGAGGUUGGCGUGAAGAUGAUGGGGCCGUACGGGGGCUACGACCCCAACGUGAACGCCGGCAUCUUCAACGCGUUUGCCACCGCCGCGUUCCGUUUUGGCCACACCCUCAUCAACCCGAUCCUGUACAGGUUAGACGAGGACUUCCAGCCGAUCCCGCAGGGCCACAUCUCUCUGCACCGCGCCUUCUUCUCGCCGUUCCGCAUCGUAAAUGAGGGCGGCAUUGACCCGCUGCUUCGCGGGCUCUUCGGCGUCGCCGGUAAAAUGCGCGUCACCACGCAGCUUCUGAACACCGAGCUGACGGAGCGGUUAUUCUCCAUGGCCCACGCCGUGGCUCUGGACCUGGCCGCCAUGAAUAUACAGCGAGGGAGGGAUCACGGCAUCCCGCCGUAUAACGACUACAGGACCUUCUGUAACCUGACGUCCGCUCAGACCUUUGACGACCUGAAGAACGAGAUUAAGAAUCCGUCGGUCAGAGAGAAGCUGCAGAGGCUGUACGGCACGCCUCUGAACAUCGACCUGUUCCCCGCCCUCAUGGCUGAAGAUCUGGUCCCCGGCAGCAGGCUGGGCCCCACCCUCAUGUGUCUCCUCACCACUCAGUUCAAACGCGUGCGUGACGGCGACAGGUUCUGGUAUGAGAACCCGGGCGUGUUCACGCCUGCCCAGCUGACCCAGCUGAAGCAGGCGUCCCUCGCCCGGGUGCUGUGCGAUAACGGCGACAACAUCACGCGCGUACAGCGGGACGUGUUCAGGGUGGCCGAGCUGCCUCACGGCUACAUCAGCUGUGACGACGUCCCUCAGAUCGACCUGCGCAUGUGGCAGGACUGCUGCGAAGACUGCAGAACCAAGGGCCAGUUCAACGCCCUGUCGUACCACUUCAGGGGACGCCGGUCAGCUGAGCACAGCUACAAAGAGGACAAUCCUGCCAGCAGCUCCCAGGAGAACAGCUCAGUGGAGGAAACUCCGGGCAGUCUGGGAAAUGUCUCUGCGACUUCCAGGAAGAGCACUGAGCCCUCCAUCAACGACUUCCAGGAUUUUGUCUCCGACAUGCAGAAGACCAUCACCAGCUUACGAAAGCAGAUUAAAAGACUUGAAGCCCGUUUGAGCACCACUGACUGCACUGACAGCGAGGGCCGCGAGCGAGCGGACGGCGACCGGUGGAAAAAGGACCCGUGCGCCACAUGUGAAUGCAGAGACGCCCAGGUGACCUGCUUCGUGGAGUCCUGCCCAGCGACCGAGUGCAAACGGCCCGUCAAGCUAAAAGGCAGCUGCUGCCCGGUGUGCCUCGAGCAGCUGACGGCGGACGCCCGCCGCCCGUAACGACCCUCAGGACCCCCGCAAACACGCCCUCUGGCGUCUGAACGUCACACGCUCGCAAUCAGACGCAUGGAGAGGACAUGAGACUCGUGAAAUCGCGCGGCUCCACCGCCGCCAACGACCUCGACAGACCCAACAGCCUCGUCUCAGUUUUUCGUUUUCUUCGACCCGGGGAGGGAUUUUAUUUUGUUUCCUGUUUGUUGCACCCAGCGGCGCGAGGCUCGCUUUGAAAUCCUCCGGCGACGAGCCGCUGUCACUAUGUGGAUUUAUUUCUGACCCGACGGAUGGAUGAGCGGACGAGCGGGCGUGAGACGGGCCGGCCUCUCCUUCCUCCCUGCGCCGAGGCUCCCGAAGAGCCGCGACCAGCCGCCGUUUGCCGUUCUGCGCCUCCCGCUCAACGAUAAAUCGCAGGAAGUAGAUGGAAAGGCGGUCGCCAUUUUCUCGUCUCACACAAUAUUCUCAGGUUAGAGAUGCCGAAAACUGGUGCUAUCCCCUGAUUUUAUCACAGUUUAAUCACUAAACCUUCAAAGUAUUCUUUUAUAUGCAAAGCAGCCUAUAUACACUCAGUAUGUCCUUAAUGCUGCAUCACAGUUGAGACGACUGUUGUACUUCUAUGAGUAGAGUUACUGCAUCUUUUAACCCGCGGUGCUUUUUAUCAUGUUAUUCUCUUCUUCUCCCUUUUUGUAUAAAAUUGUUGCAUAUGAAGAAAAUGUGAAGCCCUACAAAAAUGUUUGUAAUGCAAAAGAAAUGUCUACUGAUCUCUGCUCGUCGGUCCACUGACGACUCCCUCGCCGUCUGUGGCGGAGGCUCGGCCGGCUCUCGCUCCGGCGGCGCUCCUUUCCAACUUUGAAAGAAACCCUGUUUGUACCACUGUGUUCACGUGCCGUGAACUUUAUUCCAGUAUUUUCCUCAGUAUUUUAAAGCCAAAAGUAUGAUUUUAUGAGUUUAUGUUUGAAUGUUGUCCUGGUUCAGUAUUCUCACUUUGACCUGCUCUCGGUUGUUGCUCGUGUUGGCACCGGUGCUUCUGCAGAUUAGCUCAGUAAUUACAAUGAAACAAACAUCUGACUGGAUCUGAACAAGUUUUAGCAGAAAGGUUUAAAGCCACACAAACGAUAACUGUUGGUUUAAGUAGCAGCUGACUGAAACGAUGCUUACCUGCCAGAAACCCUGAAUCAGCCACAGUCGUGUCAGCGAAUAUCAGAACAGAAUAAACAAUUAGAUUCUUAUCAGGUGUCUAAAUGAGGUUAAUACAACCUGUUAUCAUCUAUUCUACAGACGCUAAUCUGAAAUGCAGAAACAGUGUGAAAAACCACCCUUAAUGCUUCCACAGGAGUAAUGACAGCGAGGAGCUGCCAAUCAGAUGCAUUGAUUAAUUGAUCAUCAUCAGCACCUCUGUAAAAGCAGGAGCUUUGUCAGUUUGCAGGUCUGGAUCUUCACAGGAGUGGACAACCUAGAAAAUUGACCGUGAGGUCAGAACCAAGCGCUCCGGCUCAAACUCUGCAGGCUUCAGCUAGCAUGUCAAAGGUUAAAGGUCACGACAAGCAGAAGAAGACAGAACAAGCGUGGGUCGUUUGGAAGGAGAAAGCUGAGCAAAGACUCCAGAGGGCAGAUGUUUGUCCGUCAGCCUAACAGCUGGACCGUGAACUCCAAAGAUACAUGAUGCUGAAACCUCACAGUGAUGAGACCCACUGAGACGGUCACACAGGAAACCGUCACGUCAAGUGCUCCUCCACGAAUCACAGGGUGGACUCGCAUACACGGCGUCUGCAUUUUGGCUUUUGUUAAAUAACGACUAAUGAAUGAAUAAUGAAUUAAUGCGUCGCUUAUUCCAGGUCGUAUUUACCUCAUUUUAAAGACUUUAUUUUGCCCUGAUAUGUAAGACAGAGAAACUUCCCUUUACCAUGAUUACAGUGAUGAUUAAAAGCUGCACAUUUAAAGCUAACACUGAGCGUCAGUGUGAUAAACAGUGAACAGCUGAAAUAUAACAGCUAACAGAAACGAUAGCUAGCUGCUGUCCAUAAUACACUUAGUGUUAUAAUAAGUAGCAAAAAUAUUUCUGCCAGUUUGUGUAUUUAUUGACAGUUUGGCUAAAAGUUGUUUAGAUCCAGUUUAAAAGACUAAAGGGGGGCACAGCCUGAGGCUGCGCUGGUGCCGAUGAAGGACUGCGAGCAGCUCUGCUCUGCAGCUCUCGGUCCGAGGACACGCUUGCAUACAUUCCUGUGUCCCCCCCCCUCGCUCUUCCAGUUUUUGUUCAUGCCCCCCCUCCGGUUUGGUGUUUAUAUAGGUUAGGAAUGCCGACCGUGCUCGUGUUUCUCUGAGACAUGGAGGCUGACGUCAUGUAGCCGAGCAUGUGUGGAGCGCAGGCCUCUGACCCUCAUUCCUUCAUAAUUGAAGCCAUAUGAGAGGAAGUGAUGCUGGGGGGAGGGGCGCUCAGGAUCGGGGGUGCUGUUUGUGAGACCGAUUUACCGCCUUUCACACGUACUGUACAUACGGACCACUCCUCGUACUCUCCCUGCACUGACUCGCUCCGUGUAACACAUCUCGUCUUCCUGUUUUUCCUCCGAUUGUGUCGGAGCGUGUGCGGUUUUCCUUUCCUGUGUUUUCUUCUUCAUGUGGUAACAUCCUGCGAGCUGAUCGGUGACAGUGAAGAUGUCAGAGCGCCCACAGUCACACUGGUAAACAGUAUCACCUCAUACUGGACGAACUGUGUUUACAGUGGUGUCUCCUUCUCCUGCAGCACCAGUUACUGUGUGUUUGUGUCCCCAUCCUAAUCCUCCUGUUUCUCUCACAGCUACUAGCUUCGGCUCGCGUCCCGAGGUUUGGCCGCCGAGGCUCUGUGAGCUCUUUGCGUUACCCGUCUGUGUGUGUUGGUAGAUGUGUGUAUUUGUGGGUUCCUCUUUUUUUAUUUCCCCUUGAAAAGGUUCCCAGUGUCAGUGGAGCGCACUGCCCUGCAGUACUGAACACUGUCCUAACCAGCGGUCAUUGUGGAUAACCUAGUGCCUGUCAUGACAGUUGUAUUGUACCUUUGCCAAAGAAUGGUUUGCACUGUAAUGUAUGCCUCUCAACAGUAAUGAUAAAUAAAAAAGCCACAUUUGAAUUACAGUCA